GCGAGGAGCCUCUGCACACGCAGCUGCGGCGCUGGGCCGCGCGCCCGAGCAGCGCGCCUCCGGCGCCCAUCCCUCGCAUGAAGGUCGUCGCCAAGGACCGGGAGACGUGUUGGUCGUGCCUCGGGCAGAUCCACAGGCUGCUGCCGCCGAGGCCAGGGCGGCUGAGCGACUACAUCUCCUCGCCGAAGGAGAACCUGUACAUGAGCCUGCAUACCACGGUUCUCAUGGACGGGGCACCCGUGGAGGUGUACAUCAAGAGUACCGAGAUGGAUUGGGUGGCGGACUUCGGGGUCGCGGCGUACUGGCGCCACGGAGAGGACCUGGCGCUGAGCGGCCCUGGGCGUGCGCUGCAGGAGGCGCUGCGGUCGACGUGGCUCCAGGAGGCCAGCGACUCGCUGGAGCAGAGCCUCCGCUCGGUGGAAGUAACGUCCAAGCGGGAGUCGGCGCGCAGGGUCCAGGAGCAGGACAGCAGCGCCGCGAGCAUGGAGCGGGAGGACCUGCGGGAGGACCUGCGCCAGGAUCUGGAGCCGCUGCUGGAGCAGGUGGCCCAGGCGGCGUGCGGCUGCGCUGGCGGCAGGGAGCCCUGCAGGGGCGUGUGCCAGGUGGGCGGAUGGAGCAGCUCCCUGGGCUCGGUGCACCGCGCGUACAACGAGGCGCUGCGCGAGAAGGUAACGGUGUUCACGCCCACCGGCCGCGUGGUGUUCCUCCCCCGCGACGCCACGGCGCUGGACUUCGCGGUGUGGAACCUGGAGGAGAUCCGACGCGAGGGCGGCGCUACUGAGCCAGACAGGCUGCGGGAGGGGCAGACCGUGAUCGUGCAGCUGCGUGGGGAGGGCGCGGUGCCGCCCCGCGAGUGGGGCGGUGUGCACCUGCGCUACCUGCGCACCUCCCGGGCGCGCGCCGCGCUCGUGGCGGCGCGGACGGAGAUGCUCAGCGAGGAGGAGGCGGCGCGCGAGGGCGAGGAGGCCGUGCGCGAGGAGCUCCUCCUCCACAGCCUGGACCCGGACCUCCUGGCCAGGCUCGGCGGCGGCGUGUUCGCGGCCGUCGGGCGCGGGGCGUUGCCUGUGGAGCUGGUGAGUGCGCAGGUCCUGGCGCUCCAGCUGGCGCUGCCCCUCGGCGACGCGGGCUACGAGUACGCCGAGGCGGCGCUGCACGCGGCGCUGCCGGAGACGGCGGAGGCCUCGACGGCGCUGAGCUUCGUGAUGCUCGUGGAGGACCGGCCGGGGGUGAUGAGGGAGGUCGUCGAGGCCGUCCGUGAGCACGGCAUGGACAUGAGGCGGUUCGUCGCGGAGCCGCGCGGGCCGGGGCGCUGCCUCAUCAUCGUGAAGGUGUGCGUGGACUGCGCGCUGCGCUUCGGGUCGUUGCUGCACUGCGUCCGCUACCGCACCCGGCCCCUCUUGCUCCAGCGCGUGCCGGCGGAGCUCGCCGCGCCGCCAGCGCCGGGAGCGCCCGCCGCCGCCGCGCGCACCCCGCUUGGCCCGUGGUUCGAAGAGGCGCCCGCUGGGCUGGAUCCCGACCAGGUGCGCGAGUGGAAGGCGGAGGCGCUCAAGUUCGCACUGCCCGCGGUGCCCGGGCGCCCUCCAGCCGCCCAGGCGAAUCGCUGA